UGGUCCUUUUCACAUGUCGUCUGAUGAACCGGCGCUGAGUGUUUAGUGGUUUCGUAACAAACAGCGCCGUGCGACCUUCUAAUCGUUUUUCGCUCUUUUUUAAAGAUAGCAUUACACACUUUUUAUAUUUCCGGCGUAAUCCCAGCUGUGUUCAGACAGGGAGGGAGCCAGUAUAUGCGUUUGUAGCCAGCAUUACUCCCGUACCUGGCUAAGAGCAGCUAACAGCUUGAGGCUGAUUCGGAUUUUUCAGAAUGGGAGAGGAAAUUAAAGAUAACCUCAACUCGGACAAGGGGUCUGCUGAUAACAGCAGUGAGAAGAAUGGCGAGACAGUGGAUACUGGUGUGAAAUAUUACACAUUAGAGGAUAUAAGACUACACAAUAUGAGCACUGACACAUGGCUCAUCAUCCAUGAUAAAGUAUAUGACAUCACAGGUUUUCUAGAGGAGCAUCCAGGGGGUGAGGAGGUUCUGCUGGAGCAGGCCGGCUCUGAUGCUACCGAGAGCUUUGAAGAUGUAGGACAUUCCACAGACGCCAGGGAGAUGCUCGAGCAGUACUACGUUGGGGAGGUUCACAUGGAUGACAGAAAAAAGGAGAAUUCAAAGGACGCACUCGUCGCAAGUUCCAACGAGUCCAGCUCCUGGAGCUUGUGGUUUAUACCUGCUGCCGCUGCUGCGUUUGUUGGCAUCAUGUAUCGACUCUUCAUGUCUGAGCACAAGUCCUCCUGAGUCCUGGCGUACUGUUUUCACUUCAUUCUUUUUCAUCUGGAGGCCUUGAAAUGUUUGACCAAAACCUCCUCAUGCUGAAUACACACAAUUAGGAUGUUCAGCAACAAGAAGAGAGAAGAAGCAGUUUGAUAAAAUGUGUCUGUCUAAAUAGUCUGUCUAUCUUAUAGAUGAAAGUUUGAAAGGGACUUUUGUUUCCUUUCCUUUUGUUUUUUUUAUGUCAUUAUCAAUAUGCCCAUUUUUGAAUGUUGUCCUUAACUUAAACUUUCAUACGCAUCUGAUACAGACUGGUCUCUGGAUGUUUGUUUUUUGGGGUUGUUUUUAAACAUAUUUGCUCCCUCAGAAAAACGGACAAUAAAGAAUAAUUUAAGUACAUGUGAGUUUUCAGAAGAGUGAAGAUGUCAGGUUGAUGAUACUCGUUCACCUUUUUGCUUUGUAUUUGGUGUGACCUCUAUAACCUCAAGUGCAUUUUUUGGGAGUUAAUAAGGAAUUAAGUUUACCGCUACUGAAAUCUUAGUAAGAAUCAUGAGGUUAUUUUGUUCACGUCACAGCCCUGCUCUUUAGCAAUAUUUAAUUACAAACGCAUAAUCUGUUGAGUUAUGUAGGUGCAAUGUCAAGUAUUUGUGUUUGUUUUCCUUUCUUUGUGACUAUUUAAGAUGAAAUUCACUGAAACAUCCCUUUUAUAACCUUAUGGAGACUCUUACAAUACAAUUGAAGUACCCAGAUAAAAAAAGAUGACAGUAAAUGACUGAAAAAUAAUCCUGAAGAGAAAAUGAGUGUUAUUUAAGCUUCUUCCUCACGUUUUUGUUUAUCAAACUGAUGCUUUUAUAUUCCAUUGAAUGGCAUCUUCAUUUAAUGUAUUGGGUGAAAGGUGUUUUCAUUACGGGUUUUGAAUUUAAUUCCGUGUGCGUGUGUGUGUGUCAUGUGCUCUUUGAAGGACUUUUCUUUCCUUCUUUCAGUCCACUGCACGUGAACAUCCAUGUUUAGUCAACUGAUUUGUUCACUGAAACCUCUUUUAUUUUGGCUCAGAUAAGUUUUGCAUCACACCAGUUCAAAGACUAUUUGAAAAACCCAUUCACCAUCUGCUUUCUGUAAAGAGCAGGCUGCUGUUUUAACCUAAGACAACAUUAGUACAUGUCAAAAUGAAGUAUGUCAUCUUUAAAGAUAACUAUUUGUCA